AUGGAGAAGGAAAGAUUUAUUGCACUUGGCCGAGAGCUAGGGUUCGAGAAUGCUGAGCUGAUAGAGUGGGUAGAACGAGAGUGCGCUCAAGCUCGCGAUGAACGCGCUAAAGAACGCGAGGUCGCAAAAGAAAAUGCAGAGAGACAACAAAAGCUACUAGAGCAGCAGCAGAAAGUGCACGAACAGGAGCUGAAGAUCCUAGAGCUGAAGCUUCGACUUCAGGAGAGUACAGGGAGGCUACAGUCAGCUGAAACUGAUGAGCAAGGAGGAUCUGGCACGAGCACCAGAGGGAUAACGGAGGUCUGCAGUCCUCAUAAGCUGAUACCGCCCUUCAAUGAAACACGGGACGACCUCGACGCGUACCUGCAGCGGUUUGAACGGGUUGCAACAUAUCAAGGGUGGCCGCGUGAAAAGUGGGCUCUUUCGCUUAGCCUAUGUAUGGCAGGAGAAGCACUAACCGUCAUAGGCCGGUUAGAUCCAACAGCCGCGCUGAAUUAUGAUCAGCUAAGAGCAGCGCUUCUCCAGAGGUUCCGCUAUACUGCCGAAGGCUACCGAGAAAAAUUCCGUAAAUCCAAGCCCGAAGAGAACGAGACUGGUCUGCAGUAUGCUGCAAGACUUUCCGGCUACUUUGACCGUUGGCUGGAGAUGGGCAAAACGGAGACAAGCUUUGCUAGCUUGAGAGAACUUAUGAUUUCUGAGCAAUUCAUGAAGGGUUGUUCUCCAGCACUCAGGAUCUUUCUCAAGGAAAGAAGUUGCAAGACACUGAGUUCGCUGUGCGAGACUGCAGACAACUUCAUGGAAGCGCAGGCGCUCACAAACUUAGGAAAAGAACGUAUUCCCAAGGAACCAGGACCGUCGGGGCCGAAGUCAGAAUCUGCGAAGAAGAUGGAGAAGCCCGCAAGUCGCUGUUUCCUGCGUGACAAGGCAGGCCAUCGCGCAGCUGACUGCUGGUCCCGCACGAAAGGAAAUGCUUCCAGCCGAUGUGAAGUAUGCCAGAAAAGUGGUCACAGCAGUGACAGAUGCCCCAGUAGGAAAUUUGGCAAAGACCAGGCAUCAUGUAUGCUGUCGGAGAAACGUGAAGCUUUGACACCUGAACAGCAGGGGAGGGGCUACGUUGUUCUCCAAGACGGCGAAACCAUACCCAUCGUCAACGCCACAUUAAGUCGACGAUAUGAGACCGUUGGAGUCACCGACAUGCCUAUUGUGAAGGGGUUCCUAGAGAACAGACCAGUGCAUGUACUUCGAGACACUGGUUACAACACGGUCGUCGUGCGGCAAUCCUUGGUUCCGAAGGAGAAGUUCACGGGAACAACGAGCCCAGUGUACUUACUGGACCGCACUGUGCGAUACCUCCCAGAGGCAAAAGUCUUUUUGCAAUGUUCGUUCAAGGAAAAGCGUAAAUUACACAGUUGUGAUUUGAGACUGCAGCAGCAGCAGCAGCAGCAGCAGCAGUGUUUUGACUAA